GUCCUUGCCUACACAGAAGGUCUUCAUGGAAAAUGGAUGUUCAGUGAGAUUCGGGCUGUUUUUUCAAGACGUUAUCUUCUCCAGAACACGGCUUUGGAGGUGUUUAUGGCAAACAGAACUUCAGUUAUGUUUAAUUUUCCUGACCAAGCAACGGUGAAAAAAGUUGUGUACAGCUUACCACGCGUUGGAGUAGGAACGAGCUAUGGUUUGCCACAAGCCAGGAGAAUCUCUCUGGCCACUCCCCGACAGCUUUAUAAAUCCUCCAACAUGACUCAGCGCUGGCAGAGACGGGAGAUUUCUAACUUUGAAUACUUGAUGUUCCUCAAUACUAUAGCAGGGCGAACAUACAAUGAUCUGAAUCAAUACCCUGUGUUUCCGUGGGUUUUAACAAAUUAUGAAUCUGAAGAGUUAGACCUGACCCUUCCAGGCAACUUCAGGGAUCUUUCAAAGCCUAUUGGUGCUUUGAACCCAAAGAGAGCAGUCUUCUAUGCAGAACGUUAUGAGACUUGGGAAGAUGAUCAGACUCCACCGUACCAUUACAACACCCACUAUUCUACAUCUACUUCUACAUUGGCCUGGCUUGUUCGUAUUGAGCCCUUUACAACAUUCUUUCUAAAUGCAAAUGAUGGCAAAUUUGACCACCCAGAUCGAACCUUCUCCUCAGUAGCAAGGUCUUGGAGGAACAGCCAAAGAGAUACCUCAGAUGUGAAGGAGUUAAUUCCAGAGUUUUACUACCUACCGGAGAUGUUUGUCAACAGUAAUGGCUAUAAUCUAGGAGUCAGAGAAGAUGAAGUUGUUGUGAAUGACGUUGAGCUCCCUCCUUGGGCCAAGAAGCCUGAAGACUUUGUCCGUAUCAACCGGAUGGCCCUGGAAAGUGAGUUUGUAUCAUGUCAGCUUCAUCAGUGGAUUGACCUUAUAUUUGGCUACAAGCAACGAGGACCAGAAGCAGUGCGUGCACUCAACGUUUUCCACUACCUAACGUAUGAAGGCUCUGUGAACCUGGACAGUAUCACUGAUCCUGUCCUCAGGGAGGCCAUGGAGGCACAGAUACACAACUUUGGACAGACGCCAUCUCAGUUGCUCAUUGAGCCCCAUCCACCGCGGAGCUCUGCCAUGCACCUGUGUUUCCUUCCACAGAGUCCACUCAUGUUUAAAGAUCAGAUGCAGCAGGAUGUCAUAAUGGUGCUGAAAUUUCCAUCAAAUUCCCCUGUCACACAUGUGGCAGCCAACACGCUCCCCCACCUUACCAUUCCUGCCGUGGUAACCGUGACUUGCAGCAGACUUUUUGCAGUGAAUCGAUGGCACAACACAGUAGGCCUUCGGGGAGCCCCAGGAUAUUCUUUGGAUCAAGCCCAUCAUCUUCCAAUCGAAAUGGAUCCAUUGAUUGCCAAUAACUCUGGUGUGAACAAACGGCAGAUCACAGACCUUGUGGAUCAGAGCAUCCAGAUCAAUGCACAUUGUUUCGUGGUCACAGCAGAUAAUCGCUACAUUCUCAUCUGUGGUUUCUGGGACAAGAGCUUUCGAGUUUAUUCUACAGAAACAGGAAAAUUAACUCAGAUCGUAUUCGGCCACUGGGAUGUCGUUACUUGCCUUGCCAGAUCAGAGUCCUAUAUUGGUGGUGACUGCUACAUUGUGUCUGGGUCUCGUGAUGCUACAUUGCUGCUUUGGUACUGGAGUGGCCGACAUCAUAUUAUAGGUGACAAUCCAAACAGCAGUGACUAUCCAGCUCCUAGGGCUGUACUAACUGGUCAUGACCAUGAAGUUGUCUGCGUAUCAGUCUGUGCAGAGCUGGGACUCGUUAUCAGUGGUGCUAAAGAAGGCCCUUGUCUGGUACACACAAUUACUGGAGAUUUGCUGAGAGCCCUGGAAGGAACAGAAAACUGCUUGUAUCCUCGCUUAAUUUCAGUGUCUAGUGAAGGUCACUGCAUCAUCUCUCAGAUGGAGAUCAAUGAUUCAACCAGGGCCAUCCUCCUGAGCAGUGAUGGGCAGAACCUGGUGACAGGGGGAGACAACGGGGUAGUGGAAGUAUGGCAGGCUUGUGACUUCAAGCAGCUCUAUAUUUACCCUGGUUGUGAUGCUGGCAUUAGAGCUAUGGAUCUGUCUCAUGAUCAGAGAACUCUGAUUACUGGCAUGGCUUCUGGCAGCAUCGUAGCUUUUAAUAUAGAUUUUAACCGGUGGCAUUAUGAACAUCAGAACAGAUACUGAAGCGGAAAGAAGAACUGAAAGCCCAGGUAAAGCUGAGAGCACAAGUGCUGCAACGAAAGGUGUAGUCUCUGGCGGAAAAACACGUCUGCAUUGACCUCCGUUGUACAUUCCAUUACACCCAGCAAUAGCUGUACAUUGUAGUCAGCAACCAUUUUACUUUGUGUGUUUUUUCACAACUGAACACCAGCUGCUGAAAAGCAAGCUUGUAUCAUGUAAAUUAUAUGAAUUAGGAGAUGUUUUGGUAAUUAUUUCAUAUAUCUUUGUUUAUUGAGAAAAGGUAGUAGGAUGCGCCACAAGAGACUUUUGAAAAUUCUGAGGAACCUUGUGUCCAGUUGUUUCAAUGUUUAGGCUAUGAACCUAACAUGCAUCCCAUCUCCAGCCUCUUUUCAAGCUGAGAAAAAAAAUACGUUUGAUACUUUGUACAUCAGAUGCACAUCUUAACUUUAAAGGGAUACUUUUGUAAAAGUAAAACCUUGUAUAAAGAACAAAACUGUUUCUUAAUUUUAUUGUGGAGUUACAACUUGCAUGUACUUUAAACCUAAUGUCUUGGAGGAACAGGUGCAUUCACACAAAUCAAACUGGAGAUCUGUCUAAGGGUACAGCUUGUAGUAAAGGGUUGAAUUUGGGUGCAAACAGUAAUUUUGACAUUUUCACCAAAACAUGUUUUUCACUUUUUGAAUCUAAACUUUACCCCUUUGAAGUGGAAUUCUGCUCAUGAAGCAUUUGGAUAAAAAGCCAUCAUUUGCCAUAUUUAUACUUUAUACAGUAGAAAAUAAAUUUAAAUUCCAAGACUAGCAGAAGGGGAACAAAGAGGGAGAGUUCAGUUUAAUGCUCUGUAAUGCUUAAUGACUCCCAAUGCAUAGAAAGUGCUAUACUUCUGGAUUAUUAACAUUUGGCAUAGAAACCAUUGUGGUAGAGAGCCUUACAAAAUGUUUUCCCCUUAUUUUUCCUCUGAGCAGCUUGGUUUAUUUAACAGCCUUAGCUUCAUUGCAAAGGUAACUGAGGUUAUUCUUUUGGUUCUUCUGAAAAUCUCACCAGAAGCCACACUCUCAGACUAAGGCACUUCAUGUUUUACCAUACUGUAAUGAUAACUAUCAGAAUAAUUUUCUGCACAUUGUACUGAUCAAAUUACACACCCAGGGGUAUAUACACUUUAAUUCAUGUUUCUUCUUUGUAUAUUUGGUGACUGUAUUGUCAUAGAUGUACAUAUUGUGUCGGUAGGGCUAUGAGGCAUGUAACAGGAAUGUAAUUUUCUCAGAAUUUACACUCACUUGCAGUCAUUUAUUUAAAAAGAUAAUGGAUUCUUUGUAUUGGCACUUUGCACCAGAAACAUAUCAUUAUUUAUUGAUGUGAUUACUUAUUUGUUAUCCACCUUGUAUUAGUAAGUUUAGCACUGAAUUUCCUUCUUCAUUGUUGUUUGUAUUUAUAAGAUUCUGAAAUCAUGGGGAUCAACGUAAUGAUUAAGUUAUUCAUCACCAGUCUGUAAGCAAUAUCUUGAGUUUGUAGCUUAGAAUUGGGAGAAUAUUGAACAUCUGGAAGACAAGUUCAUUUCAUCUUGAGAUCAUGGUGAAAUAUUUUGGAUAUAUAAAUUCCUUAAGCUAUUGUAACCAUGUUUUAUUGCAAAGAUGUAAAAUAUGCCAGAUGUGUGUGAGUUGGAAAUCAAAAAGAAAAAUAAAAUAUGCAAAGAAUUCA